AUGACGAGCCAUGAGCUCAGCGGCGUGACCGGGAGGGACCUGAUGGCACAGCCUGAGCCUCCUCCAGAGCUGCAGUUGGAUGAAGCUGGAGCAUCCUCAGCCCUGCAGGGAGAGGCUGCAGGAGCUGCUGCACACCCAGACCAUCCCCACACCCCACUGGACCCAGUGGGGACUGUGGGGGUGACACCUCUGCACAAGGACAGCCCAGACACCUGCCAGGAGCUGAGGGCAGAGAGUGGGGACACUUCCUUGGAGCUAAACAUGCCAGGGACCCAGCUGGAUGAGGAUUCAGCCACGGCUGGGAUCCCACUGGAUGUGGAUGUAGCAGGGAUCCCGCUGGACGUGGAUGCAGAGGGAGUAGGGAUUCCACUGGAUGUGGAUGGGGCAGUGAUCCCGCUGGACGUGGAUGCAGGUGGGACAGGAAUCCCACUGGACAUGGAUGCAGAAGGAGUGGAGAUUCCACUGGAUGUGGAUGCAAGUGGGACAGGGAUCCCACUGGACGUGGAUGCAGGUGGGACAGGGAUCCCACUGGAUGAGGAUGCAGGUGGGACAGGGAUCCCACUGGACAUGGACACAGACAGGACAGGGAUCCCAGACGAUGCAGACGGCGCAGGGAUCCCUCUGGACAUGGAUGCAGAGGGAGCAGGAGGCCCUCUGGAUGCAGAUACCACGGAGCAUCAGUGCCUGACCCUAGAAGAGCUGGGCAACUACUUCCAAGAGUGCAUAGAAAUCGUGGAGCAGCUGGAGAAGGAGCGGGACAGCCUGAUCGCCGAGCUGGCGCAGCUCCGGGAGCCAGCGCUGCAGGAGAUCCACCAUGCCCACGAGGAGAUCCAGGCUGCCUGUCGCCUGCUGGCCAAGGUGGAGCUGGAGAGGGACAACCUGAAGGAUGAGAUCAGGCAGAUCAAGCAGAAGCUGUUCAAGGUGACCAAGGAAUGUGUGGCCUGCCAGUACCAGCUGGAGAGCCGCCGGCACGACCUCUCCCAGCACGCGGCGUACCAGGGUGAGCUGGAGAGCCAGGCGGGGCAGCUCUCAGGGGAACUGUCCCAGCUCAAGGAGACCUGUGAGAAGGAGAAGGAGGUUUUGAGGCAGCGGCUGGAGGCUCCUCCGUGUCGCCAGGACAACCUGUACCUGCAGGAGAGCCGUCGGCUCUCCGUGGAGUUCGAGAGCUUCGUGGCGGAGAGCAGGAAGGGGCUGGAGGAGCACUACGAGCCCCAACUGCUGAGGCUGCUGGAGAGGCGAGAGGCAGGGGCUAAGGCACUGCAGGAGAUGCAGGGGGAGAUCCAGGGCAUGAAGGAAGCCCUGAGGCCCUUGCAGGGGGAGGUCAGCAGGCUGAGGCUGCAGAACCGGAGCCUGGAGGAGCAGAUCGUCCUCGUCAAGCAGAAGAGAGAUGAGGAGGUCGGGCAGUACAGGGAGCAGGUGGAGGAGCUGGAAGACAGGCUGAAGGAGCUGAAGAAUGGGGUGCAGCUCCAGCAGCGUAAGAAUCAGGAACUGGAGGAGCUGAGGACCAGUCUCCACCGGGAGCUUUCCAUCUACAAGAGCUGCUUGGAAAUGUAUGGACACCUUUGCAAAUCAGAGGAAAAAGCAGACCAGGACUCUUAG